UUUUUGUUUCUAUUCCCGCAUUUGUAGAUCUACAGAUUGUGGGCCUAUUAGUAUUUCUUCGCUUUACUUCUAAAACCUUAUUGAAGUAUGUUAGUGGUGGUAUUCUCAAUAGGUAGACAGCAUACUCAUAAUCCAUCAUAUAGAUGCUCCCAUUGUCGUCGUACCGAAUGUAAAGUACAUUUUAGGUGUUGAUUUUCGAGCCACACACAAUACUCGUUGUGAUAUUCUGUUGAAAUGGCUCCUCUCAGUGAGGAUGUAGAAUGCACCAGUUUGUGCGUGUCCCGUCCUCUAUAUCAGCACGGAUAUGCUGGACCCUUCGCAGUUCUUUACGCAUCUUGGCUGUACGUCUGGAGCAGCGUCCUUGGAGCAGAUGCAUCUGUUGAGGCUAUUCUAAUAGGCUGUGCAGUGAUCGCGAUCUUGCAAGUGCUGGUGGCUCUCUUUUGCCUAUGGUCGGUGCACUUCAAGUGCUUUUGCACGUGCAGAACCGUAAACGAUGUGAAUGAAGCCAAACUUGUGAAGGUGAUUCCUACUCCGAAUAAUGGAUAUCCAGAGCUAGUUCCUCUGCUAAAAGAAAAGGAUGAAAAUGAUGACGAUCAGUUAGCCUUCUAUUUUCAGAAGACAAAGUAUGUGUACAAUGUGGACCGAAAAGAGUUUCAUGAUGUCAAGUUCCCAGUUGAAGAGUUCCUCUCCUUUUACCGGGACUCCAUGGGAAUUGAAGAUGAUAAACGUUUGGUCAACUCGGAGCGCAAGUUUGGAUUGAACAAGUUGGACAUCUCGUUGCCAAAGUUUUCCGACCUGUUCAAGGAGCGUGCAACGGCGCCCUUCUUUGUGUUCCAAGUGUUUUGCGUGGGCUUAUGGUGCUUGGAUGAAUACUGGUACUACAGCCUGUUCACUCUGUUCAUGCUGGUGGUCUUUGAAGCCACGCUUGUGCAGCAGCAACUCAGAAACUUGUCAAUGAUCCGUGACAUGGGUGCAAAGCCGUACCAGAUCACUGUCUUCCGAGGUGGCAAGUGGAAAACCAUUUCUAGUGAUGGGCUUGUGCCGGGUGACUUACUCUCUAUUGGCCGCUCAACUGGAGAUUUUGUAGUUCCGUGUGAUGUGCUGCUGAUGCGCGGCUCUUGUAUUGUGGACGAAGCGAUGCUGACGGGUGAAUCUGUGCCACAGAUGAAGGAGCCGAUGGAUGGUGUCAGCGACAACCCAGUGUUUGACAUCAACACUCAUGGCAGGCUGCACGUGAUCUUCGGAGGGACCAAGGUCGUGCAGCACACCCCACCGCCCAAGUCCUCCGGUAGCAUUCGACCUUCUGACAAUGGAUGCUUGGGAUAUGUGCUGCGUACUGGAUUUCACACGUCCCAGGGAAAGCUGCUCAGAACCAUCCUAUACAGCGUGAAGCGGGUGACUGCCAACAACCUGGAGACUUUUGCCUUCAUCAUGUUUCUGAUGGUCUUUGCGGUUGCAGCAUCUUCGUAUGUUUGGGUGCAAGGUUCUGCCGAUCCUGAUCGUAACCGUUACAAGCUCUUCCUGGAGUGUACUCUCAUCCUGACAUCAGUAGUGCCUCCAGAACUGCCUAUUGAGUUAUCGCUGGCUGUCAACACGUCUCUCAUAGCCCUCGUGAAACUCGGAGUAUUCUGCACCGAGCCAUUCAGGAUCCCCUUUGCUGGCAAGGUGGACUACUGCUGCUUUGACAAGACUGGCACACUGACCUCUGAUGAACUGGUCGUGGAUGGCAUUGCUGGCAUGGACAGUGAGAACAUCAGUAAGCUAUCGCCAGUUGCUUCCUGUGAGCCGACCACUCAGCAAGUGCUAGCUUCUUGCCACUCACUAGCUCAACUCGAAGAUGCCAUGGUCGGUGAUCCCCUGGAGAAAUCUGUCCUGUCCGCUAUUGACUGGCAUUUGUCUAAAGGUGAUACGGUGGCAUCGAGACACGGCAAGAAGCAGACCGUUCGCAUCCUGCACCGCUUCCACUUCAACAGCACGCUGAAGAGAAUGUCGGCAAUUGUCUCCACUCAGGUCCAGGGUACAAUGGGAACAUCCUACUUGAUAACUGUCAAAGGAGCUGCCGAGGUGCUACGUCCCAGGUUUGCUGAGCUGCCUUCUCACUUUGACGCCGUCCACAAGCACUUCUCCUUGUGUGGUUCGCGUGUUCUGGCCUUGGGCUACAAGCACAUCUCGGAGCCCAGCACUCAACAGAUUCGUGAAAUGAAGAGAGAAGAGGCUGAAAGUGACCUGGUGUUUGGUGGAUUCCUGGUUGUGUCGUGCCCACUGAAGCCUGACUCGAAGGCUGUUAUCAAGUCCAUUAGAAAAUCCUCUCAUCACGUCAACAUGAUCACGGGCGACAAUCCACUGACAGCAUGUUAUGUCGCCCAGCAGUUGUCCAUUGUCACACGGCCCAUGCUGCAAUUGGUUGAACAGACCUCCUCCUCAGAUGAGAAGAAUACCAGCUGGCAGUGGCAAGGUCUGGGUGGAGAACCGGCACCUGCUGAUGAUGUGCUGCCUGCCAAGGGUAUUUCUCAGCUGAUGGACACACACCAGUUGUGUCUGACUGGCCCUGCAAUUUCUCACCUCCAGACUCUGAAAGGCCGCAGGCGGGGUACUCUAUUAGAGGACAUCUUGCCGCAUGUAUCUGUGUUUGCACGAGUGGCACCCAAGCAAAAGGAAUUGGUGAUCACCACGCUGAAGGACCAGGGCUUCACAACCUUGAUGUGCGGGGAUGGUACAAAUGAUGUAGGAGCCCUGAAGCAUGCCAAUGUCGGUGUUGCACUGCUUGCCAAUCCUGUGCCAUCCAAAUCCAAGAAGAAGGUUGCUGAAAGUAGUGUUGAUCCACCACAGGGAGACGAUGGCAGGACUGCUGCAGCAGACAAUCGCCCUGUCCCAACCCGCAUUGUAUCUCGCCGAGCGCUUAGAGGUGACUCAGCAGCAGCGUCUGCAGCGCCCCUUGAUAGAAAUGCUGAAAGGCAGAAGAAACUAAGUGAAUUGAUGAAGAAGGUCGAUGAGAUGGACCAGCAGACUGUUGUGAAGUUAGGCGAUGCAUCCAUUGCAUCUCCGUUCACAUCCAAGUACAACUCCCCAAUCAGUAUUGAGCAUAUUCUCAAGCAAGGGCGCUGCACGCUGGUGACAACGUUGCAGAUGUUCAAGAUUCUGGCACUCAAUGCUUUAAUCCUGGCCUACACCCAGAGUGUUCUGUUCAUGGACGGUCUCAAGUUCUCUGACAGCCAAGCCACCCUGCAAGGAAUGCUGCUAGCCGGUUGCUUCUUGUUCAUUUCUAGAUCCAAGCCGCUGAAUAAGCUCUCGCCAGAGCGACCUUUGCCCAAUAUCUUCAACAUCUAUACCAUCCUUACAGUCUUGCUGCAGUUCAGCGUGCAUCUCGUCUCUUUGGUCUAUCUGUCACGCGAAUCCAGAGCCUUGAUGCCAGAGGCGGAGAAGGUUGAUCUGGAGAAGAAGUUUGAGCCCUCGCCACUGAACAGUGCAGUGUACCUUAUCUCGGUCACUAUGCAGAUCUCGACAUUUGUAGUCAACUAUGAGGGACGGCCGUGGAUGGAGAGUAUUGUUGAAAAUCGGCCAUUGCUCUACAGUGUAUGUAUAUCCGCUGGCUCCGUAUUUGGCCUGGCGAGUGGUAUGCUGCCAGACUAUGCCCUCUGGUUUGAGCUGGUAGAAUUCCCUGCCGAGUUUCAAACUCAGCUGUUCCUAACACUGCUUGGAGACUUCGUGUUGGCGUUCGUGGUUGACCGCUGUCUCAAGUUCUUCUUUGGCAAGGCGAAGCUAAAACAGCCCAAGUGAGGAGGGAUAUACUAGUGUUAGGAGCAAGGUGGUGGCCUGUAGCUGUGAGUGUGUGUGUGUGUGAGUGCCACUCUUCUUGUACCUAGUGGCAUCCCAACCAGUCCACAAGUGCGCCUUCAGCUAGCGCCAUUGCAUCAGAUAAUUGCACAGCUUUAUCGAGAUCAACCAUUCUGUAUGUUUCUUUGCAAAGUGCUGCCGGGAGAGUGCAUGUCAUUCAUGUCAGUUCAAUGGUGGCAAAUCCCGGCUAUAUUGUAUACCAGCGCAGCCUGACACUGGUCAUUUUAUGAACAGCAUCGGUAUAGAGCAGCUGCCCGACUACCGGUAUGUACAUAUGUAAGUUGUGUACAAUGAUGUACAUGUUGGUAUAGUUGACCUUCCUCUCUUCAUUUGUCCCUUGUAUAUUAUGGAUGUGUCACGUAGUCACUGUGCAUCCCCUGGUUCACUUUGGCAGUUUAGGCAACGCUGCAUGGUCUGCACUAGCAACAAGCAAAGGGGAGCGCAGAAACGGGGUUGCACUUCUUCUCCUUUCCCUAACCCAUGCCUCACACUUUGUGAACUUCUGCACAUUAUCCUUACUGGUUGUUUCCUAUUGGAAUGGAAGAUAUUCAUUGCAUUGUGACUUCAUAUAGCAACAGCUAUUUUGUGCUUUAGCAUUUUAUUCUUUUGUGCUUAGAACAUUAAUUUAUCCUUCAACUUAUUUUGUACAUACAUCGUGAGUGCUCUUUGUCCUAACUUAA